GUUCCGUGCAGCAAAUAUUCCUCUAGCACGAGUUCGGAGUUGUUCUAAAUAUAUACAAAUAAAAUUGUAUAUAAAAAAGUGUUUAGAUAGUUUAAAUACAGCCGUCGCUGUACUCCACGAACUAACUCAGCAUUCUGUAAAUAGAUGUGAUGAAUAUGGCACGAAGUUUGCGACCUCUGUUUUGGCGCUCGGGUUUGAUGUGUCCGGGUAAACAGGCAGGAGGAAUAAAAGUGCACAGAGUUUACAGGAACCAGAACCAGAACCCUCAACACUCAGAACAGGCUUCACUUUAUAUCCAUUGGCCGUACUGCUUGAAGCGAUGCUCUUACUGCAACUUUAACAAGUACAUCCCUCGCUCGGUGGAUAACGAGGUUAUGACUGAGUGCCUUCAGCUGGAGACACAGACACUGCUGCAGCUCAGCCAAGUUUCUCAGAUCAGCUCGGUGUUUUUCGGGGGAGGAACUCCCAGCCUGGCCCGAGCCUCCACCGUAGCCGCUGUCCUAGAGACCGUCUCUGCACACGCACGUCUCUGCGAACAGGCCGAGGUGACGCUGGAGGUGAACCCCGCGCCCGCAGGAAGAACCGCACUCAGAGACUUUGUGUCUGCCGGAGUCAAUCGCUUUUCUGUUGGGGUGCAGUCACUGAACGAGGCCAGUCUGAGGGUUCUCGGGAGGGACCAUGACCCACAGCAGGCUCUGCAGACGCUGGCGGAGGCUCGGACCCUCUGCCCCGGACGCGUGUCGGUCGACGUCAUGUUCGGAAUUCCAGGUCAGAGUGUUGCAUCGUGGGAGAGCGAGCUGGAGGAGGUUCUGCGUGUGUGUGACGAUCACGUGUCUCUGUACCAGCUGACCCUGGAGAGAGGAACUCACCUGUACAAGCAGGUACAGCAGGGAGAACUCAGCAUGCCCGCUGAUGAUGUCACUGCCUCCAUGUACAAAUCCGCCCGGAACGUUCUGGAGCAGGCCGGGUUCCUGCAGUACGAGGUGUCCAACUUCGCCAAACAUAAUGCUGUAAGCACACACAACCUGGGCUACUGGAGAGCACAGCCGUAUAUAGGAGUUGGACCCGGAGCUCACGGGCGGUUCGUUCCCCGAGCGCUGGGCUUGGUUCAUCGUGAGGCGCGCACUCAGACGUUGGAGCCAGACGUUUGGGUGAGAGAAGUUCAGCAGCACGGACACGCGACACGCAGACGCGUACAGCUCAGCCAGCUCGGCCUGCUGCAGGAGGUGGUGGUCAUGGGACUCCGAAUGACCGAAGGAAUUUCCCACCAGCACUGGGCAGCGUUCAGCCCUGAAGCGAACCUACACCAGGUUCUCGGUGCGUCAUCUGACGUUCAGGAACUUCACCAGAGAGGCGUCCUCAUCCUCGAUGACAGGGGACUGCGCUGUUCCUGGGAGGGUUUAGCGUUAUUGGAUUGUAUUUUGCCUGUUUUGCUGCUGGAGUUGGACACGUUCUUCCACACACACAGACCUGCAGAUGGACAGACAGAGAGGUGAGAGUGGAGGAAGUCUGUACAGCCGGACUACCUGAAAGAAGCUACCAGAUUUCUCCUCCUUCACAUUUUUUUGGAGUUGAUUUUCUGGCGUAACACUGGAACGAAGACGCUUUACAUCAAGGCUGUUCGUGCCGGACUGAAAGGGAUAGCAUAAAUAUGGCGGGUUUUCGUCGUUUUCCCGAUUAUGUCAUUAUUCAACUGUAGUUGGUUACUUUAAAGGGGUCAUGACAUGAUUUUUAAUGUUUUCCUCUGUUGGAGUGUCAUGUAUCUAUCUUUUUGUGCAUGUUGAAGCUCUGCAAAGUCCCCAAAACUCAUAUUGUCCCCCAAAGGGAUUUAUCCUAUCUAACAGAGAACACUGCUCCAGACCAUCGUGCCUGUGAAUCUUUUCAGAGUAUUAUUCCUGGACAGGCUUAUGGCUGGGUGAUCUGAUGAUAUGAUGGUUAAAUUGCGAUUUGUUAACGUCGUGAUACACUUUUGAGUGUACUAGGCAUAUUUAAGCGUCAGUUCUUCCACUGUAUAUGAAAAUAAUCGACGACGACACGUACCGAAGUGUUUUAUUCCUCUUGUACCACAGGAAUCUGCUAUUUACAGAACAACGCGUCGUACCGUUUAUCCGGUUAUGGUUACCUUUAAUGCUGAGGAAUGUCCGGGAAACAGACACGAUAAACACUAGCCUUCUCUCAACCCAAACCCAGAAUUCAACAAGGGCUAGUUAAUUAGGUUUCUGGAGUUUGUCCUUCCUUGAGGUAUCAUUUCUUAUUUUAAUACAACCUGAGAUAACGUAGACGUCUGCAAGUUUGAGUCUCUCUUCUGCACCAGGAAGCUCAUUAUAUUACUGCUCAUGAAAUUGUCCUGACCUGCGUAUUGUGAUCAUCACCCACAGUUACAGCUGUGUCCACAUCUGCAUCUUUUCAAUUCAGACCAGCGUGAAUGAACGAAGCAGACCGGGUGUGUUUCUACGUAGCCGUUCGUUCUCCUUCCAAUCAUAUCGAGCGAUUUUUAGGAGCGAACAGGUUUGUGCUUGUCCUUUUUCGCACUUGUAUUCCUGACACACACAAAGACAAAUCAUCCCUUUAAAAGCCUCACCCUUCUGUCAGGAUGGACCACACACACACACACAAACCUGUGGCUCUGUCCUUAACAUGUGUGUCUUUCACUGUGUGUGUGUGUGUGUGAGCUCUAAUACAAAGACCACCUGGAGAAUGAAUGUGCUUCAAAUACAGUGAUGAAAAUUCGACUGAGGAGCCUUUAGAGCAAAAUCCGGGUGAAUUUCUGUGCACCUGUAAAAGAUGAUAGAUGUCUUUGACACAUCAAAUCAUUCCUUUACAAUACGCGGUGUAGAUCCAUAUGUUUGUUCGUUUUUGCUGUUGUUUACUCCUUAGAUCGUCAAAAAUAUUGUAUAUAAUUUUACAACUCUGCACAGAUUUGGUUGUUUUACUAUUUAUACCUUUUUUUUUUUUUUUUUUUUACUUGGGAUAAUAAAGGAACAUCUGUGAAUCCUAACUCUUAUUAAAUCUUUUCAUCAUUUCAAAGUGUACAAACUUUUGCACAUAAGCGGAGGAGGGGAGGAGGAGGUUGGGGGGGGACCUUAAAUAAAUGUGUAAAGCCACAUGAGGGCACCAAAGUUAGAAAGUUUUCAGACAGCCCAUGCUGAGCUCAGCUGAAUCUCAUCUUCGGAUUCAUUUUCUCCCACCAUCAAUCACACGCCAUCAACUUCCUGUUGUUCUCACACGCACACAGAGUUCGUACUAGAUAUUUGGCAUCGUUGAUACUCCUCCCCCCCUCCCCCCCCCCAAAAAACAUAUCGUAAGGACACAGAUUCUGCUCGUUUGGCCUUACUGCGAAUGAACUCAUGCAUUUUGAUGUCAGCAUUGUGCAGCACUUCUUUGCUUUGCUCCACCUCUUUGUCUACACAAACCCCCCUCCCCUCCCCUCCCCUCCCCCACAUCUGUCUGCAAGCCUCGCUCCAGUGACGUCACCCUGCUUUUGUUGGGAAACAAUGAAAUUAGAGUCUGUUUUCAGGAAGAAGGAAAAAAUAAUAAAGUGUGUGUGUGUGUGUGUGUGUGUGUGUGUGUUUGGGGAGGGGGGAGAGGGGGGUGCUCGUAGUGAGUGAGGCCGUGUGAAAUUCCCCGAAAAAAAAAAAAGGAACAACGUGUGUCCCAGUGCAGGAAUCCGAGGAAAGGAAAAAGAGGACGGAAUGACGUCAUGGACAUUAAAAAUGCAUGUUCCUGCCCGAGUGCAGAGUUAAAAGCCAGUCGUAAUACCAACAGGAUCCGUCAGCUCGAGUCAAGGUGACACGCCCAGGGGUUUAUGGAAAAGAAAAAAAAAAGUACACCCUGUUAUUAUUCAUGUGACACAUCUGACUGCUUCCAAACGUGUCAUCAGAGGGAAAAUGGUUGGCCUGGUGGGUUCCUCGAAUCGUUUCAGGUCAUCGAAUUGGUUCACAAGAUGAUAUGACACGAGUUAAAGUAGGAAUCAAAAGCUGCCUGUAGCGUGUGUGAUAUAUAGAGGAUGUGAGUAAUAAUAAUAAGAAGAAGAUUUAGACCAUACAGGUUCUUUAAAAAAAAAAGACAAAACAGCAGUUUCAGGCUUGUGUCUUGAUCACAUAUGUGUCUCAUAAUCGUAGGGAGGGAAAAUAGUCACAGUCACAGUGAGAAAUCACAAUUACAACUGAAUGUACACAACCUCAAAGCUUCAGGAGCCUGUUGUUCAGUCAGAUAAGAGCUCACCUUUCCU